AUGAUUCAUAGCUUGUGGUCAGGGGGCGGGGCCUAAUCAACGUCUUUAAAGGGCGUUCAGCGCUGAACCGACUGCUGGAGCUGGAAGUGACGGAAAAAUAUUAAGAUGAUGAUCGUAAUCGAGGAUAAGGAAGCCUUUGAAAACGCCCUGAAAAACGCAGGGAACAAGUUGGUGGUAGUGGAUUUCACAGCUAUGUGGUGCGGCCCCUGCAAAAUGAUCGGACCCUUUUUUGAAGAACUCUCUCAACGUCCAGAGAACAGCGAUGUGGUGUUUCUAAAGGUGGACGUGGAUGAUGCGCAGGAUGUGGCCAGUUUUUGUGGCAUCAAAUGCAUGCCAACUUUCCACUUCUACAAGCAUGGGAAAAAGGUGCAUGAAUUUUCCGGAGCCAGCAAGGACACACUGGAGCAAACCAUCCAUAAGUUUAAAUAAAGCAACACUCACAAACAUGCACACCAGAUAGCUAAGGAUUUCUCAACUCUCUCCUGCAUGAAAGCUGCAUUGUAGUCCUCUCAUUAUCCAGCACAUUCCUCCUUUUUUCCAGCUAAGCCUCAUACAAAAGGUCUUCACUUGACACUGACAUAUCGUCAUUGUUUUUUUAAAAAAGAAAAACAUUAAUGCUUACCACAAAUGGCAUAUCAUGUAUUUAUGUUGACCUUUUUAUACAAUGGACUCAAUAAAUAAAAUGAAAUUGUGACGAACAAU